CUUUGCUCGCGCCUCCGUGGCUGCGCCGCGACAUGGCGACCACGCGCGCCGCGGACGCGGUCAAGGAGAAGAAGUCGGAGGAGGAGGAGUUCCACACCGGGCCGCUCUCGGUGCUCACGCAGAGCGUCAAGUCCAACACGCAGGUGCUCAUCAACUGCCGCAACAACAAGAAGCUGCUCGGCCGCGUCAAGGCCUUUGACCGGCACUGCAACAUGGUGCUCGAGAACGUCAAGGAGAUGUGGACGGAGGUUCCCAAAAAGGGCAAGGGCGUCAAGAAGGCCAAGCCCGUCAACAAAGACCGCUUCAUCUCGAAGAUGUUCCUGAGAGGCGACUCGGUCAUCAUCGUGCUGCGCAACCCGAAGUAGACUGCCGUUCAGCGGCGGGGGAGGGGGGCGCGGCAAACUGCCGCACGGGCCGCGCGCGCCGAACUUGCUGCCGCAGAGGGGGCAGCCGUUCGGCCGACUCGCUCGGCCGGCUGCGGGCGGGCUGCGCGUGUGUGCGUGUGCAUGCAGGGCGGCUUCGCACGAGGGCUGCCUUCCCCCUCGCUGCCCCCUCCAUCCACCCGCUCGCAAAUGUUUGCGCCCGCCCCUGCAUCGCUUAGAAUCUGCCCCUCCCCCCUCUCACGAGGGCGGUGUACCCGUACUGUGGCGUCGCGUGCGCGCGCCCUCGUCGAUCUGUCCGUUCCGCCGGGUAUCCCCCGCAGCAUGUGAGUCACUUAAUCAAUGUCAGAGCUCCCACUGGUGGAUGAUGCAUGCCCGCCGGAAAGGAUCAGGGGAAUGCUCAGCAUGGUGGUUCAGGUGCGGGCACCGAAAGCGGCGGUGACAACGAGAAGCGUCUUCAUGGGGCGUUGCCGCUCUCGUGCUUCUCGGCCUGGAUCAUGGCUGCCUGGCGC